AUGAACAUCAACGCGAAGGUCAGGAAGCGCUCGAACAACGAGGCGGUGGUGAAGGUGACGAGGGUCAGGACGAGGAUAGUGCCCGGGUAUAUCCUGGCGGUCUCGGACGAGUACGGCUUCGACGGCGCCAUCAAGAGCGUGAUGUACGACGUGGACAUGGUCGAGGUUAGGUCCAUCAUGAUGGUCAGGGACGUGAAGACGCACAUCAUCGCGAGGAGGUACACCAACGACACCGGGGAUUCGUACGCGGCCGAGUUCGAGAUCGAGGGUAAGGCCACCAACAGCGUCGUGAAGGCCAUCGUGUGCAUAUGUACGGGUAUCGUCGGCACCGUCCCCUCGAUGAGGGGGAUGAUCGACCCCGAGUACAUAAGUGACAUCAGGGCCGCCGACCACGUCGUGAUGGACGUCCCGAAUAUGAACGGGUAUAAGGGCCAGUACAUGGCCAAGGCCGACGGCGUGAAGGUGUACGUCCUCUGCUAUACGUUCGGGUACGUGGUGUGCAUGACCGACCCGGAGAUGACGGUGUUGUCAUGCAUGGUCACGAUCGACGGCAUGAACAUGUCCGAGUUGACCAACAGACCCGACGUCGUCGUGGCGGAGAUGAUCGUGGACGGCUCCAUGGUGUACAUCGACACCCUGGGCAUCGACGGCAGCGCGAAGGCGUCCAUGGACACCAGGAGGAACAAGUGCCCGGUCACCACCAAGACGCCGUAUAUGAUCUAUAGGAGGGUGUGGGACAGGAUGCCGACCACGCUGGAGUUGCAGCUCGAGCCCACGCCCAACGAUGGGAUCGUGCUCGUGAGCAACUACAGGACCCUGAGGCUGAAGGAGCCCACGGUCGACUUGCUGUACAUGGACGACAAGCUGUGCGCGUCCGACAGCGGGGUGAUGGUGCCGGUCGCGAACGGGAGCGUGCACAUGGAGCAGGGCACGGUAUACGAGAUGGACGUCGUCAAGAUGGCGGACACGUCGAUGGUCAUGCUCGUGCGCCCGAGGCAGCGUGUGACCAAGAGGAUGCCCAACCCCAUGGAUGUGGUCAGGCGCGCCGUGGUGAGCGCGGUCAGAGACCCGAUGAUGGACGCGGUUCUAUUGGACAUCACGGCCAUGUCGUUCGCCAUGCGCAACCGCGUGUACACCAUGGCGCAGUCGCGGGUCCACGAGAAGAGGAAGGUGAUCGUCAUAUUCGGCGCGGGCAGGUUCCAGGAGUGGAGGCAGAUGAUGGUCAGCGGGUUCUCCUACAUAGCGAUCGACCCCGAGAUCAGCGUCGAGGACCUGUCCAGGCGCAUGAAGAGGGCCACGAUCAUGCCCUACGACUUCAAGAGGAAGUUCGACGACCAGGUGAUCUCGAUCUCGAAGAGGGCGACGACCGUGCUCUGGGCGAAGUGCAGGUCCGAGGUGUUCAUCGACCGCACCAUGCCGACGAGGACCAUGGCGAUGAUGAGCAUCCCGGCGGUGUUCUCGUUCAGUAUCUCGUACCACAUCAAGGUUAUCAAUAUGCUCAGGACCGAGGGGGUUCCCAUGUUCGGGUGCGGGUUCGUGCACGACGCCAUGCCAAGAUCGGGCAUAGGGCGUGGUCGCGUUACUAUAAGGCCCGCGGGGACGGGGAGGAUAUCGCGGUCGGACAUCAUCUCGACGUUCGGCAAGUCGACGUACGUGGAGCCGUUCCUAAGUAGGUCCGGGGUACCGGGCCUGGUUUUGGUCAAGGACGCGAUGCCCGAGCUAUGGAAGACCGUGGAUUCGAACACGUACGACAUCAUGGACAGGGCCGUCAUCAUGUCUGCGUAA